GGUACGUGCAUUUAUUUAUUUACUUCUGAAUUAGUUCUGCAACGACACAAGAUAAAAUUGAAUACAAUAUGUCUGAAAAAGACAGUAAAAGUGAAAAUGAUGACUCCAAAAAUACACAGACGGUCGAGAAACCAUUGGACGAAGCACAAAUCAAAGUUAACAACAUGCUAAAAGAUCGCUUACGGAAGUACAUCAAAAAGUUGGACGACACAAACACCAGCAUCACUAAGGAGGAAAGUAGGAAAAUAGAAAUAGAAACUUUCAAACAGCUAUACAAGCCGAAAUUAGAAGGAGACGAAGAGUCUUAUAAGAAAAUACCAAAGUUUUACUACAAACUGCCUCGUCCCGACGAGGUGUUGGCUCAAAAGCUGAGAGAGGAGACUCGGGCGCAGUUCCUGCAGAAGAAAAGUAAGGAGUUGUUGGACAACAGUGAGCUGAAGCACCUCUGGAGUCUGCUGGAGAAGUCUAACGGAAGCUACAGCACAUCUAACAAUGAUGAGCUGAUGAUAGACUACUUCCAGUUUAAAAAGAUCAGGGAUGAGGCUGGGCCCAAGUACAGGCCAUACUUCACAGCGGAAGUGUUCGGCCGUCUGCAGGCAGCAGAGGGCGGCACGGGGCGCGUGCGGGGCGUGUCGCUCUUCAACUACGUCAUGCGACGCGUGUGGCUGCAACAGACUCGUAUCGGCCUGUCGCUCUACGACGUCACCGGGCAGGGCUACCUCACCGAACAUGAUCUGGAGAGCUACAUCGCCGAGCUAGUCCCAUCUCUAGCAGCACUAGACGGCCUAGACUCCUCGUUCAGCUCGUUCUACGUGUGCACGGCGGCGCGCAAGUUCCUGUUCUUCCUGGACCCGCUGCGCGUGGGCCGCGUAAGGAUACGGGACGUGCUGUCCUGCUCGUUCCUGGAUGACCUGCUGGAGUUGCGCGAGGAAGACCUGCCGAUGGAGCUUCAGGAGCAGAACUGGUUCAGCGCGGCCUCCGCCCUGCGCGUGUACGGCCAGUACCUCAACCUGGACCGCGACCACAACGGCAUGCUGUCUAUCUCGGAGCUGGCCGGCUACGGCUCCGGCACCCUAACCCGCGCGUUCCUCCAGCGCGUGUUCCAACAAUGCCUCACGUACGACGGCGAGAUGGACUACAAGACCUACCUGGAACUAGUGCUAGCUCUAGAGAACAGGAGGCAGCCCGCCGCGCUCGCCUACCUGUUCCGCCUGCUCGACAUCAACUCGCAGGGCUACCUGGACAAGUUCACGCUCAACUACUUCUUCAAGGCCAUCCAGGAGCAGAUGGUGGCGCACGGCGCGGAGCCGGUCAACUUCGAGGACGUGAAGGACGAGAUCUUCGACAUGAUCCGCCCGGACCACCCCGCGCGCAUCACCCUGCAGGACCUCAUACGCAGCGGUCACGGGCACACGGCGGUAUCGAUCCUGCUGGAGCUGCACGGGUUCUGGGCGUACGAGAACCGCGAGGCGCUGGCCGCCGCGCCCGACCACUCCUGACAGGGCGCCGCGCACCCCGUCGUCGACGAGAAGAGGUUCUACGUCAUCUAGACAGGUUCUACGUCAUCUAGAGAGGUGCUACGUCAUCUAGACAGGUUCUACUUCAUCUAGAGAGGUACUAAGUCAUCUAGAGAGGUUCUACGUCAUCUAGAGAGGUGCUACGUCAUCUAGAGAGGUGCUACGUCAUCUAGACAGGUUCUACUUCAUCUAGAGAGGUGCUAAGUCAUCUAGAGAGGUUCUACGUCAUCUAGAGUGGUUCUACAUAAUCUACGUACUCGUGAGAGGUUCUACCUCUUGUAAAGCGGUUCUACUUUAUCAAAAGGUGUCAUUCGGAUGUGAAGUUGAAUAGAUUUUACAUGGUUUACAUUUAGUGUCUGCUGAUGUAGCUCACAAAAGACAAAUUUUGCGACGAUUUUAGGUGUAGGAGUUUCUUUUUCUAUGAUAAAAGGACUCUAAAAUACUUGGAAAAAUUCAGCAAAAUUAAUGAUGUAGAAAGAACAUUCAAGUAGACUAAUGUAAUUUAAUUUAAGGUACAUACCUACUCUGUAAUCUAAAUUAGGUAUGGAGUUUUAGAAAAUUUCAUCCAAAGUGAUCUAAAUAUUAUCAGAUCGGGUUGGAUCAGUAAACAAAAACUGGUUUUAAGAAACUUAUCUUACUAAGAUACCACAGAAACUCAAACUUUCAUAUAGUCUGUUUAUUGAUUAAAAACAUACAACAUUAACAAUACUUUGUAUAGCAUUUAAUAACAAGUUAACAACAUAGAAUUAAAACUAAUAACAUGUAAAUAAAAACUUGGGUUAUUCCUAAAGAAAAAUCUUUGAUAUUAUAUUAAAUGCAUAAUUAUUUU